AUGGCUGGAGCCGCAGAAACUAUUGCUGACACUACUCAAUCUCUACUCCACGUUAACGUGUCCAACAUCACAAAACUUACCUCCACAAACUAUCUCACAUGGAGCGUUCAGGUCCAUGCUCUCCUUGAUGGCUACGACCUUGCGAGCCACAUCGAUGGAUCUACACUUCCACCAUCUCAGACGAUCACCACGGCAGAAGUCUCUACCCCCAAUCCUGCCUACACCAAAUGGAAGAGACAAGAUCGACUCAUCUUCAGUGCCCUUCUUGGUACUCUCACGCCCUCCAUCCAAACCGUUGUCACCAAAUCCACGUCCUCCAAGGAGAUGUGGGAUACCGUUGCUGCUACCUACGCAAAACCAAGCCGAGGGCACAUUCAACAACUCAAACAUCAGCUCAAGCAAUUCAACAAAGGUGACAAAACUAUUGAUGAGUAUGUGCAAGGCUUACAAACUCGGUUUGAUCAACUUGCUCUCCUUGGCAAACCUGUCGAGCAUGAAGAUCAGAUUGAGUUCAUCCUUGAAGGCCUCCCUGACGAAUACAAAUCAGUGGUGGAGCAGAUAGAAGGACGAGAUCUUUCACCCUCCAUCACGGAGGUUCAUGAGAAACUUCUUACUAAGGAAGCAAAACUCAUGGCUCAGACUCCUUCACCUGCAACUCCGAUCACGGCGAAUGUUGCUACCGGUCCGACUCGUCGGUUUCAACCACGAAACCAGCCCCGUCACAAUCAAAACUGGCAGCCUCAGAACAACUACAACCGUCAGCAGUCACGACAAGACAACAACACCAACAAUGGUACCACCCGUGGCUAUCAAGGGAAGUGUCAGUUGUGUGGAGUUUUCGGCCACAGUGCGAGACGGUGCCCACAGUUUCCACAAAACCAAAGUGGUCCCUCCAAUGCUAUUCUCCCUACACCAACUCGCCCAUGGCAACCACAAGCACAUGUUGCGACUGCCUCGGCUCAUCCCUCCCACGCUUGGCUCAUGGACACCGGCGCCACUCAUCAUAUGACGAGCGACCUCCACAACAUGUCUCAUCAACAACCAUAUACUGGGAAUGAUGCAGUCCUCAUCGGUGAUGGCUCAGGACUGUCAAUCUCCCACACUGGUUCCAUCUCUCUUCCCUCUUCAUCUCGUUCUCUCUUGCUUAAUCAUGUGCUAUGUGUCCCUCAUAUACGAAAGAAUCUCAUUUCUGUUUACAGACUUUGCAAUGCUAACAAAGUCUCUGUUGAAUUCUUUCCUGCUCACUUUCAGGUGAAGGAUCUGAACUCGGGAAUCCCGUUGUUGCAAGGCAAUACCAAGGAUGAGCUCUAUGAAUGGCCUGUCGCACCAUCUACCUUUCAAUCAUUUUUUGCUUCUACAACUCAAAAACUUUCUUCUAUUGAUUGGCAUCAUCGUCUUGGCCACCCCUCUUUUGCUAUACUUAAAAACAUUGUUUCUCGGUUUUCUUUACCAUGCACUCCAUCGUCUGUAACUCAACCUUCUUUGUGUUCAGACUGUGCAAUCAAUAAAUCUCACAAAUUGCCAUUUGCUCAAACCUCUAUUGUUUCCUCUCGUCCCUUAGAAUACAUUUUUAGUGAUGUGUGGAGUUCACCUAUUCUCUCUAUUGAUAAGUAUAAGUAUUACCUUGUUCUUGUUGAUCAUUUCACCCGAUAUACUUGGUUUUAUCCUCUCCGAUUGAAAUCGCAGGUCCGAGAGACAUUCAUCGCAUUCAAGGAACUGGUGGAGAAUCGCUUCAACACACGGAUUGGAACUCUCUACUCCGACAAUGGCGGUGAAUUCGUGGCUCUCCGAGCUUUUCUCACAAGCUCUGGCAUUUCUCACUUUACCUCACCACCACAUACGCCGGAGCACAACGGGAUCCUUCCUUCACCUUGUAUAAAUAACGUGUGUAACAUUCUCACAUUCGAUAUAGAAAAUACAUUCCUCACAAAAGAGAUUUCCUGCUAA